UUUGGCUCUUCCCAACCUCAAUUAGGCUUUGCGGAGAGUGUGUAAUCGGAAUUCGACCCUAGGGUUAGGGCUUUGCAGUGAUAACGAUAAAUUUGGACGCUUCAGUUUUCGGUCGGUCGGCAUCGAGGUUGAAAGAAGGACUCUCGGUGGCUUUCAGGAUUGCUCAAAUGGAGGAUGCCCAUGAAGUAUCUGAAACAAUGUCAGACAAAUCAUCUGAAAAUACACAGGAAACUCGUGAUGAAAUGCUUUCGAGGCACAGGAAAGAGAUAUCAAAACUUCAGGACAAGGAAAUUGAAAUGAAGAAGGCAGCUGCCAAAGGUAGCAAGGCCGAACAAAAAGCUAAGAAAAAGCAGGUGGAGGAAGAGAUUUCUCGGCUUUCUGCUAAGCUUAAAGAAAAACAUGCUGAAGAACUUGCUUCAUUAGGCUAUAGCACCAGUAAUGGAACUGAGAAAGCAAAACUUGACAAUUUAGUGAAAGCCAUAGCUGGUGUUUCUGUCACCGGUCAACCUGACCAAGCAAAGCCCAGCAAGAGUUCAAAGAGGCGGGAGAAAAGAGCUCAGCAAGAUGCAGCUAGGGAGCAAAGAAUUCAAGAAGAGCAGAGCAACCUUGUAAGUGAUCGAAUGAUUGAGAAUGAGAAGCUAGAGAAAAAGCUUGAACCCCUUGGUUUGACCAUUAAUGAAAUAAAGCCCGAUGGUCAUUGCCUCUACCGAGCUAUCCAGGAUCAGCUGGCCCAUCUUUCCGGAGGUUCAUCACCUCACACGUACCAAGAGCUUCGAGAAAUGGUGGCUGCUUAUAUGAGGAAGCAUGCAUCUGAUUUUCUCCCAUUUUUUUUGUCAGAGAAUCCAGUAGAUGGAGAUUCUGAGGAUUCACUUGCAGAGAGGUUUGAGAAUUACUGUAAAGAAGUAGAGUCAACAGCGGCAUGGGGAGGGCAACUAGAGCUUGGUGCUUUAACUCACUGCCUUAAAAAGCAUAUCAUGAUAUACUCAGGAUCCUUCCCUGAUGUGGAGAUGGGCAAGGAGUACAAAUCAGAUAGUAGCAGUACGGAUUCUUCUGAUUCGAGUAUUAUGUUGUCAUACCAUAAGCAUGCAUUUGGGCUUGGUGAGCACUAUAAUUCUGUGGUUCGAAUAUGAUCAUCGAAUAGCCAGCGCAACCACAAUGCAAACACACUGGGUUUGCUCAUCACUUGGUUUGUAAUUUGUGGUGUGAACAAGCACUUUUUGAGCUCUAAACUAAUUAUUGAUACUACAGUAGACAGUGGUUAUAUUCAGAUUGGUUUUCCUUAAAGUUUUCUACAUCUUCUGGACUAAGUUUUGUAGUCAAA